CGUCUGCAGAUUAUUCUGUAUAUCAAUAGAUGAUGUGAGAAAUCUGUAGCAAACUGCCUGUACCAUCUGCCACUCACAGAACGCGCGGGGUCCCGUACCAACUGCCUACUAGUGACAGCUUCCGAACAUGCUUCAAUUCUAAAAAGCCGUUGUCAUGAGGAAAUAACGUAUAACUCAAGAAAUUGUCGAUUCGCCAUCGGAGGUUCUGCCGCCGCUGGUCUGCUGUUGAAAUGAUGGGACAAAGUGCCAAAGUCUUCUCCAAAUGGUUUUCUUUGACUUCCUCUUCCCAGGGAGGGAAAACUUUGAACCAGGAGCGAGGCCAAGACAAGGAGAACAUCAGAACGGUGCACGAACAGUUGUGUAAGGAGCUGAGCGCCCUCCAGCGAGAGUACAAGCACGUGCGACAGGUGGUGGACACUCUCCAACAGGACUACGAGAGAUCCAAGGACUUUGAUCCUUUGCGACGAUAUGGCCUACUGAAAGGCAUGAUCAAGAGGACCAUUCUACAUUUUAAACUGAAUGAAGAUAAACUGCCCGGAUCAGUUUCAAUGACUGGGAUUCGAAGUCUUGCCAAUAGCUACAAGGAGUUGUCGUAUACCAUGGAGUUAACGAGAAGGAAGGCCGAUCUGGACGAUAUGUGUGUGGAGGAAAUAGAGUCCGAAGUGGAACAGUUACGUCAUCAGAUUAAUGGGCUACGGGGGCGGUGCUCCCUUGUGACUGACACUGUAACACAACUAGAAAGCAAGUACGAACUAUCUAAAAACUUUGCACCACCAAAACGGUACGACUUAAUGAAAAAGAUGGUUCAAAAAGUUGUUAACGACCAGUUUAUUUGAUGUAAAAUGCUUAACAUUUUUCACUGCGGCCAUGAUAUUUAGAAAGUAAUUGAUCGUAUAAUGGUAAAAAGGUUUUGACGAAAGCCAUAAAACAAAACGCAAACUAGUUGUUAAUCGGACAGCUCAAUAAAGUGUGUCUCCGAAUAAUUAUAGAAUUCGAAGUAAAUGCCAUCAUUCAACUCCGACUCCCACCGCCAAUUAAAGUAGAAAGGCAACUACAAAACUCUUCAGAGUCAGAAUUGAGCGGGAGCAAUAGGUCUUCAUUAUCAGUGUCGAACAUUCUGUGAGUUCCAAUGGUGAACCAGGAGUAUAUAUAUGUAUACCUUACUGACGUGAUACCUUACACGCUGCAUUUCCUGUCACCAGACUCAUUGUAUUGAUACCCUGACUUAGUGCGCCUCGCCAUGUGGUAUUGUCGGUAUACUGCCAAUGACAGUGUCUGAAACCUGUUUUAAAUUCGCAAUGAUCAAUUUUCAUCGUCUGUAGUGAUUUAUGCAAAAUUAGAAAUUAAGAUACGUGGACAAUAGAUGCCAAGAUGAAGCCUCAUCAAUAUUUCUCAAAAUCUCUAUCGGGAAAUCAGUUGAAUUCAGUUGGUGUUUUGCAAGCUUUAUUUUAACAAUUUAUGUUACCAUUGCAUAUUUCAUACAAAGUUCGAUGUUUUACACUGUGAUUAGUACACAUGUAAUACAAGUAUAGAUACGAUGCAUCCAAUUUAUUUUCACAGAAUUCGUCAUUUAAAAAGAAAAAAAAGGUAAUGAAAAUGAUUUGUUUUUAAAAAUAUUUGUAUAUGAUUUUCAUUUGAUAAAUUUUUGUAUUAGUACGUUAACAGUUCAUCAGUUCAUUCAUAUGAAUAAAUUUUAAUGGAAAAAACACACUAAAGACUUUUUUAAAAUGUCUUGAUUUGAUGAUUUCCUUUUGUAACAAACGAUUUAAUCUACGUAUCUCAUACGAACAACAUCUGGAAGUAAAAACACGUCGUAUCCUUUUUUUAAGUAAAACGUCAAGACAAGAAAUAAGAGUAAUAGCCUAAACGUUUAUUUUUAAAGGUACCUCACUACACCUAGACUUGUACUUUUUAAGAUACUACGUCAGAAGAUGGCGAUUUGAAUGUUUUGUUAAACUGUCUAUAUCGUUAGAUUGUGUAGCGUCGUAGCUCAGUGGCUAAAGUAUUGGGAUUCUGAACAGCAGAUCAUGAGUUCGAAUCCGCCUGGAGCUUUUGUUCAUAUUUGCUGAAUUAAAUUUUCGAUGAUGUAAUUUUUCAUCCAAAAUUGCACAUUUUUUUUUGGCCAAUUUGACUUAAAUAUCUUCUUAUCCAUUAUGGUAUUUAUCAUAAUCAAGUAAUUUUCUGCUGAUUUGAGAAAAUAUUUCAAGGUGUAGUGAGCCACUUUUAUUAAAUCAUAGACACACUUUUUAAAGUUAAGGGAAACAAGCCCUUUGACCCUCUUGUUCUUAGGUUACUAAUAUACUUGUCAUAAAACAUAAAUAUUUAAAGCAAUUUGGACAAAAUGCAGAAACCCAAAUAUUUGUGUGUAUGUCAUAUAGGUUUUAAUCUUUAUAUGGCAGUUGGGAAAAAAACACUGCUUGCUGUUCGGUUAUUCUAAAUGCACACUAUCUUUUAUGGAUGAAAGGAUGGGUCUUAUGAUUCAGGUUCUAAACCGAGACAUAAUUGUUGAUUUUAAAUAUGUUGUUGUGUUUUUCAAAAUAAAAAGUACA